UGUGUGUGUGUGUGUGUGCAUGUGUGCGUGUGUAUGUUUGUGUGUACGUGCGCUCUGAUCUUGUAUCUUGCUUGUGUUCAUUUCUCCUAGUGAGCACGACUCUAAAAAUACCCUCAUGCCCUUGUGAUGAUGAUGGGUGUAACCAACAGGAUGCUGAGACUAUAACCUCAAAGUCAGAGGUCUCCAGAUGCAUUGCUCCUGAGAUUCUUCACUGGGAAAUAAAGCAGCAGCAGUCCAACAGCAUACAGGACUUGAUAUGGAAACUUUGUCCACAUACUGUGUGGAGGGAACCAGUUAUAUGAGAAGCGGAGAGGAAGGCAAGGAGGAGGAAGAAAAGGAAGGCGAGGAGGAGAAGGAAGAGGAGGAGAAAGAUGGGGGUGAAGAAGAUAAAGAGGAAAAAAAAGAUGAGUCAGCCAUCCAGCUACAAAGACCAGCCUGGGUUCCGCGUUUCUUCUACAAAGAAGAUAAAGAGGUGUACAAUUACGUGGGCCAGGAGAUCAUCAUCAGGUGGGGUCUUGACUCCUAUGCAGGCAUGAUAUGGCCAGCAGCUCUGGCUCUCUGUCACUACCUGGACACCCAUCGCGAACAGUUGAAUCUUAUGGACAAGGCGGUCCUGGAGAUCGGGGCAGGAACUGGCCUCCUGUCUGUUGUAGCAGCGCUCCUCGGUGCCUGGGUGACAGCCACAGACCUUCCAGAGGCCCUGAGCAACCCGAGAGCCAACCUUAACAGGAACACCAGGGGCCACUGCAGAUACGCACCCCAAGUGGCAACUCUGUCCUGGAGCGACGACCUGGAGCGCUCCUACCCUACAUCCGUCUACCGAUACGACUACGUGCUAGCAGCUGAUGUGGUCUACCAUCACGACUUCCUGGACGAGCUCCUGGUCACCAUGAAGCAUUUCUGCAAACCAGGAACGACUUUGAUCUGGGCCAACAAGGUGAGGUACGAGGCUGAUCUGACUUUCAUGGAGAAAUUUAAAAAGGCUUUCCACACAAGUAUGCUGGCUGAAGACGAAGACAUGAAGAUCUUCAUGGCAACGUGUAGAGAGUAAGAGACAGAAAAGAUAUGGAUGGAUUACUCAAUGGCCCCUACAGGCCCAGGGACUCCUGAGUCAGAGCCUCGGUUUAAAGUUAUUAACAUUACUCUUUGGGAAGUCAAAGGGUGAGUAUCUGCCACCAUUAAAUUUUGCAUUUGUUGUUUAUUUUUCUCUCCAAAUAAUACAAUGGCCCAGUGCAUUUUUAAGCUAUAAUAAUAAUAAUUAGUAAAGCUAUUUAAAUUAUUUUCACAGUAAAAUAGCUCAGCUUUAAGAAAAUUCAAGCUGCAUCACAGGUUGCCUUUGAUGGUUUCAUAUAAUAAUUGUAUAUUAAUUUGUAAAAUGUAAUAAAAGAUUGUCCGUUUGGAACUGUAGUAGCAGGAAGGCGUGGGAAGAGACAGCCUCUCUUCAUCUCCAGCAUAAACAAAAUGCUGAAUUUCAGUUGCAUUUUUUUCAUGUUUUCAACCAUCACCCAAACUGUAGUUACUGUAUGAUUAACCUGUAAAAUAUCAUUUUUAAAGAUGGUGCUAUGUAGAGAGGAGGGUCUUUUACCUGUGUGUGCUUCAGGGCCCAUUAUCCAUCUGUUAUAAAGGCUUUAUGAUGCUCGCAACCAGCGAGCACUACAGAUGGUAAGAAGGGCAAUACAGCAAGAGUUUUAGUUUAGUUGUUGCUUGAACUUACACUUUCACUUAUUUCCUUUUUUACUCCAUGCCAUCCUGGUCUGAUACCAUAUUUACUACCUUGUGAAGCACCAUAUUUGGCCUGAAUAAGUCAAACCUGUGCUACAUAAGGUUCAAGAAUAGUUCAUUAGAAUCAAACCAGUUAUGUCUCAAUGUUGAAGUAAAAACAAUUAGUUGAUUAAUUAAUUGACAGGUCAGCUUUUCAGUUACUUAUUUUAAGAACAAAUGCCAAACGUUUGGUGGUUUCAGCUUAUCAAAUGUGCAGAUUUAAUGCUUUUAUAUUUCAUAUAUGAUAACCUCGAUUCAAAAGCGCUUUUGCACACUUCUUUUUUGGGGCAGGUGCAUCGGAAAUGGUAAAGGUUACCAGUAACACUUAUGAAGAAGUCCCACACACUGUCCAUUACGCAUGCAA